AUGCAGAAGACAACGUACUACGACAGCUCCACGCUCUUUGGGGGUUACUCCUAUGGGAGUGCCAAUGGGUUCGGCUACGAGGGUCCCCAGCAGUCCUUCCAGCCGGCCUCUCACGUGGAGAACGACUACCAGAGGUCCGCCUGCUCCCUCCAGUCUCUUGGCAACACAACCCCACACGCAAAAAGUAAAGACCUGAACGGGAGCUGCAUGCGUCCAAGUUUGCCCCAGGAGCACCAUCCGCCUCCCCCCGUCUCGCCGCCCCCAAACCCUGCCACCAACAGCACCAGUAGCAACAGCAAUAACCAGUCGGGGAGCAGUAAAACUGCCCCCAGCAAAGCCAACCUCAGUGCAAACGCCAGUCUCACCAAGCAGAUUUUCCCCUGGAUGAAAGAAUCGAGGCAAAACUCCAAACAGAAAAACAGCUCCCCUAGCACAGCAGAAACCUGCAGCGGUGAGAAAAGCCCUCCAGGCUCCUCGGCCUCCAAGAGAGCCCGCACAGCCUACACCAGUGCUCAGCUGGUGGAGCUGGAGAAGGAAUUCCACUUCAACCGCUACCUGUGCAGGCCCCGCCGCGUGGAGAUGGCCAACCUGCUGAACCUCAGCGAGAGGCAGAUCAAGAUCUGGUUCCAGAACAGGAGGAUGAAGUAUAAGAAAGAUCAGAAGUCGAAAGGCAUGGGGUCUUCCUCUGGAGGGCCUUCCCCCACCGGCAGCCCGCCCCAGCCCAUGCAAUCCUCCGCCGGAUUUAUGAACGCCUUGCAUACCAUGAGCAGUAACUAUGAUGCCCCCUCGCCGCCUUCCUUCAAUAAACCCCACCAAAAUGCCUAUGCCAUGUCAACUAACUACCAAAACCCCAUCAAAGGCUGCCCUUCCCAACAGAAAUAUGCCAACACGGCCCCCGAGUACGACCCCCACGUCUUACAAGGGAAUGGGGUGGCCUAUGGGACUCCCAGUAUGCAGGGAAGCCCCGUCUAUGUUGGAGGUAACUAUGUGGAUUCUAUGCCCACCUCUGGCCCGUCCCUUUACGGCCUCAAUCACCUGCCACAUCACCAGGCUGCCAACAUGGACUACAACGGGCCUCCACAGAUGCCCCCGAGCCAGCACCACGGACCAUGCGAGACCCACCCCACCUACACAGACCUUUCCACGCACCACGCUUCUUCUCAGGGCAGAAUCCAAGAGGCGCCCAAGCUGACCCACCUGUGA